CAAUGAACGAGAAGCUGAAGCACAACAACACUUCCAAAUGUUCGCUCAACUUGCCGGUAAACUAGAUCGCAUUAUAGUGCUUCCAAAUGUAGAAAGAAAGCAAAUAGGGGCUUGCAAGAAAUACUCGUUCGAUUAUUACUAUUCCAUUGAAAGUUUAAAGGCAAUGUAUCCCAACGUGAAAUUCAUGCUCCAGGAGCAGUUUAAACGAUGGGCUAAUGAAAGAUAUCUGAAACCAUCAGUGAGGAAGAUAAUUAUUAGUGAUGGUCGAUACAAGGGUAAAAAUUCCGCGGAACGAUAUUGUUUGAAUGAAUUUAGUCUCAACUACAACGCUCUUGAAUCCAAUCUUAUUAUCUUGAAGGGAAAACGCCGCAACGCUGCUAAUCUCCAAAAAGAAGUUAUAAAAAUUUCAACCAAUGAUACUGUUUCUAAUAUCGAAGUAUUAUUAUUUGAAUAUAGUUCACGUCACGUUAUAUUUCCUCAAGAAACUCCUACCUCAAUAAAUUAUUCUGAAUUCAUAAUAAACGAGGUUACGGAUAUGGUUUCCAAACUAACACCAUAUAUUGCCAUCCACUGGCAAAUGGAACGAAUUAAUCCAGAAAGCAUGCCAAAAUGUGCUGAAAAACUCGCUCUCAAGGCAAACAACCUGAAACUUCGAUAUAACAUUUCGAACGUUUAUUUAGUCACCGAUUACCCAUUGAAAAGUAAUUUAGAGAUGUCGGCCAGUUUCCGUAAUAUAACCAGCUUCCAUCAUAAGGCGAUCAGGAUAUUGAGGAGGAAGGCUAGUUUUGAGAGCUUUUUGUCAUUCAUAAUCAAAAAUCGCUGGGGUGAUAUUGUCAAGUGGAAAAAAUUGACAGAUACCGGUUUACCGGAAAUUCUUGAUAAGCUAAUGUGCAUUCGGGCAAAAAUUCUUCUGACGCCACCAUCAGAGUGUAAAGGGGGGCAAAAAAAUGAUAAUUACGCGGACAUUAUUAUAGAAGAACGAAAGAAAUUACUGCAAAUUGAGGCAGGAGAGCAAGCCAUUGAUGAAGGUGAUCAGUGGAUAUUUUAA